AUGAUGGCUCCUGAGGGUAUUGGGGAGGUUCGAGACUUUCUCUUCUUACUGCUGUUGUGCCUCACAUUAUUGGAGCUAUUGGAGAUUGCUGCAGCAUCUACACAAGGGUUGGAUGGUGAAGGUGACAUAGUUUGCCCUUCUGUAUGUCGCUGUGAUGAAGACUUUAUUUACUGCAAUGAUCGUGGACUGAGCGCAAUCCCACCACUACCGCCAUCUGCAUCUGUCCUUUAUCUUCAGAACAAUCAAAUUGAUAAUGCAGGGCUUCCCAAGUCCUUGGAGCAUCACACUACAGUCCGUGUUAUAUAUCUCUAUGAUAACGAGCUGGAUGACUUUCCAAUGCAUUUACCACCUUUGUUACGGGAGCUUCACCUCCAGGACAACAACAUUAGAGUGUUGCCACGGGCUGCACUUGCUAGACUUCCGCUCCUUGAAAAGUUGCAUCUGGAUGACAACUCUGUUUCUACGGUCAGUAUUGAGGACCAGGCCUUCGUGGACAACCCACGACUACGUCUGCUUUUCCUUUCCAGAAAUCACCUCUCCAGCAUCCCAUCUGGUCUUCCUGCCUCGCUUGAAGAGCUCCGUUUAGACGAUAACCGAAUCUCCACAAUUCCCACUCAUGCCUUCCGUGGUUUGUCCUCUUUACGCCGCCUGGUCUUGGAUGGUAAUCUUUUAGCUAAUCAACGAAUAGCUGAUGAUACGUUCUCACGCCUGUCAAACUUAACAGAACUGUCCCUGGUGCGUAAUUCUCUUCAAACACCCCCUCUUAACCUGCCCAGUGCCCACCUGCAGAGACUCUUCCUUCAGGACAAUGCCCUUAUACACAUGCCUCGGGGUUCACUUGAUGGGAUGCAACAACUAAAGUGCUUAGAUCUAUCUGGAAACAACCUGACUACUCUUCCCAGAGGCUUGUUCAGGGAUUUAGAGAGCCUAGGGCAGCUACUUGUGCGAGGCAACCCUUGGCAUUGCGGGUGCAACUUGCGCUGGCUCCAUGACUGGCUGGAGGCAAAGGGAAACACAAUUACAGUGAGAGGCUUAAUCUGCCAGACACCAGAGCGAGUCAGAGACAUGGCACUUAGAGACCUCACAAAUCAGAUGGAUGAAUGCGAGUUGGCUGCUGCUGGCGGUGGAGGAGUAGGUGCAGGGAUUGGUGUUGUAGGUAACAAAGUGAGUGGAGGAGUGGUGGGUUCUACCACUCUCUCUCCCCCUCAAGGGUCCCUUUUUACUCUCAGGUCCAAGCGGCCAGGUCUGGGUCUCCCAGAAACAGGGUUGGACUACACAUUAAGCAGUAGUGGUGUGGGAAAGAACCUGGCCCUGAAUGUGAAACCUAUAUCCAGUGACAGCAUUCGGGUUACUUGGAGCGUGGCACAAACCUCUUCCUCCUUUCGAUUAAGUUGGCUUCGUCUAGGAACCAGCUCUGCCAUGGGGUCCAUCACAGAGACCUUGGUUAGAGGAGUUCAGCGUGAGUAUCUUCUUACCUCCCUACAGCCUGCUUCCAGCUAUAUCAUAUGCAUGGUGCCAUUAGUGUCUAACAGUGGAAGCAGAAGUAGUUUGCCUGGGGGUGACACAGAAUCAAAUGAGGUUCCAGUUUGUGCCAGGACUGAAACAUCCAAUUCCAACCAGCCUGAUGAUGAAAGUGAGGACCAGAGCUCUGAUCACAUGACCUCUCUUCCACUUGCUGGAAUUAUCGGAGGUGCUACUGCAGUAGUUUCCCUCACUCUUAUCAUUGCCAUUUUCUGCUGGUAUGGGCACCGUGCAGGACGACUCGCCUCAAGAGACCACUACAGUCGCAGUAGUUCUCGCAAGAGCAAACACUAUGAUGACUACAUUGAGUCAGGCACCAAGAAAGACAAUACUAUUUUAGAGAUUAGAGGUCCUGGAUUUCAGAUGAUGCCAAUGGCAGCAAGGCAGCACCUUGAACCCAAACCAGUACGAGAGGAUUACAUUAUACACACUAUCUUCCCCUCCAAUGGCACAGGUCUAUAUAAGCCACCCAAUAACAUGACCAGUUCUGGUUAUGGUACCAACCGUGGCUAUAGAGAAGGAGGCAUUCCAGAUAUAGAUUACUCCUACACAUGA